UAUCAAGGAAGGGACGAAUUGAAUAUCGGCGCUGGCGACCAAGGGAUUAUGUUUGGAUACGCCACAGACGAAACGGAGGAAUGCAUGCCCCUCACACUCGUGCUCGCCCACAACUUGAACAAAAAGCUUUCCGAGUUACGCCGGAACGGAACCCUCAAAUGGUCUCGACCCGAUUCCAAGGCACAAGUCACUAUAGAGUACUCUUUGCAAGCCGGAUCUUGCGUUCCGCGUCGCGUCCACACCGUAGUCGUUUCCUGCCAGCACGAUAACGCAACUUCAUUGGAGAAAGUUCGACAUGACGUCACGGAGCUCGUAAUUAAAGUGGUAAUCCCGGAUCGUCUUCUUGAUCAGCAGACUAUUUUGAGAAUCAAUCCAGCGGGUGAAUUUAUUUUGGGGGGACCUAUGGCCGACGCCGGCCUGACUGGUCGUAAAAUAAUAGUAGACACAUACGGGGGAUGGGGUGCCCACGGAGGUGGGGCAUUCUCGGGCAAAGACUACACCAAAGUGGACCGAUCUGCUGCUUAUGCUGCCAGGUGGGUAGCCUUAUCGCUGGUCAAAGCCGGACUUUGUAAAAGGGUGCUUGUUCAGGUUUCUUACGCCAUAGGAAUCGCCGAACCUCUCUCUAUAACCGUCUUUUCUUUCGGGACAUCUAAAAAAUCCGACUCCGAUUUGCUGGAGAUUGUCAAGAGAAAUUUUGAUCUUAGGCCAGGCAACAUUAUCAGAGUACUCGAUUUAAAAAGACCAAUAUACUUUCACACCGCUACUUACGGGCAUUUUGGCAAACCGGAAUACAUUUGGGAAAAGCCAAAAAUUUUGCUGUAGAAAUGAAAUAAUUAUAUAAAAUAGUUUUAAUUUUUAUCUGUAAUACAACACUA